CCUACAACCUUAUCCUAUCCUCUUUGCAGCCGGCGCCGCUCGGGAUGGGUAUCUCUAGGGACAACUGGCUCAAGCGUCGCAACACUGGGGGCAAAAGGAAGCCCUACCACAAGAAGAGGAAGUAUGAUUUGGGGCGACCACCUGCCAACACCAAGAUUGGCCCACGCCGAAUUCACACAGUAAGGGUUCGUGGUGGUAACAAGAAAUAUCCUGCUCUGUGCUUGGACGUUGGCAACUUCUCUUGGGGCUCUGAAUGCUGCACCCGCAAGACCAGAAUCAUUGAUGUGGUCUACAAUGCUUCCAACAAUUAGCUGGUGUGGACAAAGACCCUGGUGAAGAACUGCAUUGUUCUCAUUGACAGCACCCCAUACCGACAGUGGUAUGAAGCCCACUAUGCCUUGCCCCUUGGACGCAAGAAGGGCGCUAAACUGACUCCUGAAGAGGAGGAAAUCUUAUUGGGGGAGAUGGUUGGGAGAUCAAAGGAAAAAUUGAUCAAGGCCUCAAACCAGCAAAGACUUAACAUGCACUUACAACAUGCAGAGAAACCUUCACUGACGAGUGAAGAACUAGCAGAAGUAGGACAUCACAAAUAUGAAGGAAAUCAGAACAAUUGA